CGCGGGCCGAGCCGGGUCGGGCCGGGCGAGCCGUUAAUCCUGCGGCCGAGCGGGGCUUGCACGAAGCGGCCGGCCGGGCUCCCCCCUCGCGCCGGGCUUCCUCCUGCUCCGCCCUGCAGCGCGCAAGCGGAAGCGGAGUCACACCGGCACUUCCGACCGACCCACACACAGACAGACAAACCGGCGUGAGGCAGCCCUCAGGACCAUGUCUGCUGUGUGGCUCCAGGUCGGACAAUGUGGCAAUCAAAUCGGCCAGGAGUGGUGGCAGCUCCUAACACAGAAAAGUGCGCUGCAGGGAGAGGCAGACAGACACCCGUUUUGUUCCCUGGAUGGAAAGCUCAGCGCUAUCUGUGUGGACAGUGAGCCCAAAGUGGUGAGGAAACUGCAGAAACACGUCAAGCGAGGUUUUUUCAGGGAGUCCAACCUGAUCGUGGGAAAGCAGGGAAGAGGGAAGAACUGGGCAUAUGGGUACCAUGAUGGGUGCUCGGACAGCGAGAGGAGCCUGCUCCAGAGGACGAUGGAGAGUCUACGUAAGGAGGCCGAGCGCAGGGACUGCUACUGCGGGACUGUGCUUUUCCACAGCCUUGGUGGUGGCACGGGAGCUGGCCUCAGUUCCCGGCUGUGCGAGGCCAUCAGAGAUGAGUACUCCCUGGGGCAGAUCCUGGCAGUGACCGUAGCCCCUCACCAGGCUGGCGAGAGCCCUCUCCAGCACUACAACACCUUGCUGUGCCUCGCGUGGCUCCAGAGGCACGCGGACGGCAUCCUCCUGCUCCAGAACGACGAGGUGCUGGCGAGGGCGGGAGCCCCCCACGCAGCUGCCGCCCAGCCCCGGGUCUCUCUCUCCUCCAUGAACGCCUACAUCACCUCCUGCCUCGCCGGGCUCCUCUACCCAGUCGAGGCUUUCAUGGGCAGGGUCAGCAUUGGGAUGGAGCCAUGGGAGCUGUUGAGGGCCGUCUGCCCCGUGCCGGCCAUGAAAUUCCUCUACAUCUCUCAAGCCAGCCAGAGGGGCACGGCGUUUUGGGACAGCCUGGCUUCUUCGGCUGUGCACUACUUACCUCGCGAGUCUCACACCGGGCAACCCCAUCACAGCACAGCCGUGCUCGCGGUAGCCCGCAGCCCUGACGAGGACUCCUUCCUGCGGGCCCACAGCUCGGUGCUGAAGAGGCUGCGCCAGGCCUGCCGGUGCGUCCCCUGGAACCCCUUCUCCAUCGGCUGCUGGACGGACUCUCGCAGCGUCGCGGAGCCGGGAUCUCACAGCCACUCCCUGACCGUCUGCGCCAACCAUGGCAGCUCGGCCGAUUUCCUGCAGCAGGUAGUGGAGAGAGCCCGGGUCAUGUAUCGGGCCGGCGCCUACCUCCACUGGUACUGGCGCCACGGCUGUGAGGAGGAGGAUUUCCGGCAGGCCUUUGACACGCUUCAUUCUGUGAUGGAUGACUACGGACACCUGGGGGAGUAACGCAGGGGCGCCUUCCCCAAGGAAGGGCUGGGCAGGGCGAUCUCUCGUUAAAGGGCUGUGGUUCAGGGUGACCCGGCCGGGAACCAGUACUGUGGCAAGUGGCACUGAUGCCAGAAUGAGCUUCUUGGCUAGUGUGGCAAACAGCCCUGAGCUCCUCUGGCCCAUGGACCUGGCAGGGGAACAGAUGCCCCAUGCCAGUGACACAGGCCCGGGGCAAAUGCUGAGCAGAGGGGUGGCAAGGGCCAGCAUGGUGGAGUCAGCAGAGCUGGGGAAAUCAUUUUCUGUAGCGUGUUCUACCCCGUGGACCCAAAGGAGCAGACAAGGGACAUCUUCAGCCAUCCUGGGCUGACCACAAGCCAGAGCUACGACCUCCCAGGACGCAAGCCAAGGCCCAAAGGCUCCUGCUUGUGUCAGGCUGGGGUGCACAGCUCUGGGAGCACUUCCCUGUUUGCCUGAUAGGCAGGAGGGGGCAUCCCUGGGACUCCUCAUGGCAGGACAGUGGGGCAGACUCUGGCCCCUAAUUCAGCAUCCGGGGAGGGACCUGAGCAUAAGUAAGGCUCUGACGGCUUGUCUGGCCGCAUAUCUCACUCCCGAUCAGUCCUGUCCUGAGACCCAGGAUGGCUUGGAUGGGGGACGGGGCUUCCUGCAUCCACCAAAAGCCUGGGGCAAAGCCUGGCCUGCCCUGGGGCACAGUGAGGGGUGUCGCUGGGAGGGCUCCUCCUGCAAGGCCCCCAGCGGACAGCAGCUUCCCCUGCGAGCUCUCAGAGCUGCCCCAGGGAGUACCAGGCACGCUGGCUGCAGCACACGCCAGGGCAGAAGCUGGCUCGCUUCCUUCUGCUGGCCGCAGUCCCCUGUGGGCGCCAUGCGAUUGCAUCUCUCCCCUCUGCUCUCCAGAUGGGCUCCCACGAACACAAAGUGCCUGGCAGGACAGCUGGCAGAGGAGCUCUGCCGAGUGCGUUGAGCCUCCUCCAGGCAGGGUGCCCAGGGGAAGGGGCUGAGGGUCCUUCCUUGUGGGUCCCUGGGGCUCCCGCAGUUCUGGGCUGCUCCAGGGGCUGGCGCAGGCCCUGGGGGAGCUC